AGUCACAUGUUUUCAUGAAGGGAAGACAUUUAGAUUUGAAGGAAUUUACUGAAGCGCACAACUCCUCCGCCUAAACGGCUGAGCGUGGCAGCGUAUCAAUAUAUUACCACACCUACUUCGGGUCGAAUAAGAAUUGCUCCAGCAGUUGUCUCUCGGUUCUUGCUGGCAGACGCUCAGCUCUGACGGUAGAAUGAUUUGGUUUGAUAUUCUCUGUCACCCAGUCUGGGCCGUUUCCACUGCGCUACUGGCGUUCGUGGUGCGCCUGCAGCGCAGAGGGAGCUGGGAUCCGCAAGCCUGCACAGUCCAACUGAAAGGGAAGACGGCCGUGGUGACAGGAGCCAAUACAGGGAUCGGGAAGUUCAUUGCCCUGGACUUUGCACGACGAGGGGCCCGCGUUAUCCUGGCCUGUCGAAGUGAAGCCCGGGGGACAGCAGCACUUAAAGAAAUCAGAGAGAAAACAGGAAACUCUGACGUCCACCUGCGUCUGGUGGACCUGUCUUCCUUGGACUCUGUCAGGGAAUUUGCUAAGGGUUUUCUUGAGGAGGAAAAAGCUCUCCACAUCCUUGUCAACAAUGCUGGAGUGUCAGGUUUACCCAGGCAAAUAACCAAGGAUGGUUUAGAUGCCUCUUUUGCCACCAACCACCUGGGGCCAUUUCUUCUCACCAGCCUGCUGCUGGAUCUGAUGAAGCGUUCAGCUCCGUCGCGUAUCGUCACCGUCAGCUCAGUCAACCAUAGGAAGGGUGAAGUGGACUUCUCUCAUUUUCAUGGGGAGAACCUCAGCUAUUUCAUGGAUAAAAUCUACAACAACACCAAACUGCACAAUGUCAUCUGCACCAACGAGCUAGCACGCAGGCUACAGGGGACAGGUGUCACUGCGAACUCUGUCCACCCUGGCAUCGUCAUGACAGAGGUGAUGAGACACUAUCCGCUCAUAGUUCGUUGCCUGUUCAACUUCAUUGGAUUUUUCUUUUUCAAGUCUCCAGAAGAGGGUGCAGUCAGCCCAAUCUACUGCGCAGUGGCAGAGGAAACUGAGGGGAUAACUGGCAAGUAUUUUGACUGCGACUGCUCCUUGGUCCUUCCCGCUCCUUUGGCACGAGACACUGCCCUUGCAGUCAAGGACUUUGAGAUCUGCGAGAGACUGACAUCAAAGCUCUGAAACGACUAUCAGGCAAAUGGAGGCUUGAUAACAGGGAAAUGGGGCCACAUUCCACCUCUUGUUACUGUGCUUCUCAAGUGAAGGAGUUCAUAUCAAAAGUGAAGAGCUGUCUUUAAAACCUUUCUUUAAAGCUGUCUUUUUCUUGCUUUUAAUACAUCAAAUACAGACAUUUCCAAUAAAUGUUUGCUGAUUAUGACCAUGUUUUCUGUAGUUUUUACAUUUAAAUAAAAUGAUAUCACUUUUC